AUUGCAGUUUUGUUUACAGUUUGGGAAACGAAUUCUUGAUCUCGUCCUUUGAGGUUUUAACUACGAUGUCCUUCAAAGAAGCUGUGGAUACUCCCAAUGAAGUAAUUACAGUUCUUGCUAGCGCAGAAGACGAAGAAGCUCUGGUAAAAGUUGCGAAGAUCUAUAACGACAUUGAUGAAGAGCGAUCGCUACAGCAGGAAAGUGUCAAGACGACCUUGCGGGCCCUAAGUAAAAUAUUAGCGAAGAACGAGGAGGAAGAAAAAGCUUUGAGAGUCGAUGAAAAACUGCCGGCAAUAGAGAAGCUGCAAGUUGAAAAAGAUACCACUGUAAAGCACAUCGAAAAACUGGAGGCCGAUGUCAAAGUCUUCGAGAAGAAUAUUACUGAAAAAGAGGCAGAAAUGAAGGAAUGGACAGAGAAGGCCGCAGAAGUGAAAACCGAUCGAGUGGAAGUUCUUCCGCAAACGAAGUACAAUUUCAGCCUGUAUACAAACGUGAGCCAUAUAAGAUGGGAUUAUGAAUGCGAGGAUGACCAAGUUAAAGGAUUUAUCGCGAACUUAAACGAUGUCAAACCAUUCUGUUUCAGUAAAAGUGAAAAAACCAAAUACGAUAUUGUUAACGCCUUGUGGGAACUUUUGGAUGGCUGACUCUAUGUUGACGGGGAAUGAAAGAAAACUCAUCCUUGGAAUAUAUAUAUGUUAUAAGCGUAUGACGUUUUUAGACAAUUUUAGAGAAUGUUUUUAGCGUGUUUGUUGUGAAAUAUUAACAAUAUUUUAUUUCACUGUUAAUUUUUCAGCUGCUUUUCAUAGCAAGGAAUUAUUUACAUGCAUUGACUAUGCAGGCUUCCCUAUCUGUUGUAGACAUUACUUUGCCUAAUAGCAUAUAUACGUAUAUAAAAGCAAUGUCUCUGAGCAUAAGUUUGAAAGUAAAAGCAAUUGUCAUUAUUUAACAAGCCUGAGGCCUUGUUCAAGUGAUUGUCAGAAAAAAUCGUAACUUUUAUUUAUUUCUUUGCUUCCAACUUGUCACAAAGCUUAUAACAAAGACACAAACUGGUACAAAGAAUGAUUAAGGUUAUUAUGUAAACUGCCUAUGAAAGAAGAAAUGCUGAAUGAAGUUACAAUAGAUA